UUAAAUUUUACUUGCAUAGAAAGAGAUUCGGCGAGAGAUAUGACUAAGUUAAGGUUGGAAGGCAAGGUGGCGGUUAUCACCGGCGCGGCCGGCGGGAUAGGCGAGGCCGUGGCGGCCUCCAUCGGCGCCGACCGGUGCAAGUACUACCGGUGCGACGUGCCCGACGAGCAGCAGGUGUCCGACCUCGUCGACUUCGCCGUCGCCACCUUCGGCGGCCUCGACGUCAUGUACAGCAACGCGGGCAUCAUGGGCCGGCCGGCCAGCCUGCUCCAGAUGAGCCUGGAGGACUUCGACAACGUCGUCGCCGUCAACGCGCGCGGCUGCGUCGCGGCGGUCAAGCACGCGGGGCGCGCCAUGGCGGCGGCCGGCACGCGGGGGUCGAUCAUCUGCACGGCCAGCCUGGCGGCGACGGUCGGCGGGAUGGGCCCGCACGCGUACACGGUGUCGAAGCACGCCGUGCUCGGCCUGGUCCGGUCGGCGGCCGGGGAGCUCGGGCAGCUGGGGAUACGGGUGAACUGCGUGUCGCCCGCGGGGGUGGCGACGCCGCUGGCGCUGGGGUUCACCGGGAUGACGGUGGCCCAGGCGGAGGCGGUGUGCGAGGCGAUGUCGGCGCUCAAGGGGGCCGCAAUGAAGGCCGGGGACGUCGCGGCGGCCGCGCUGUUCCUGGCGUCCGACGAGGCGGCGUUCGUCAGCGGGCAUAAUCUCGUGGUCGACGGCGCGACGACGGCGCUCGGACCGAAGCCGCCGGGGGUUAACAUGCAGUGAAAUUUAAAUCUUCGGGGCGAUUUAUUGCCUUUUCUCCAUGCAUGUUGAAGGAUGCAAUAUGUACUACUGCAUCUCAAAUUUAUGUAAUGAAAUUUCUGAAUUCAACCUUUUGCAUUAAUGGAAUAAUUUAAUAAAAUUAUGAAACAAAAGCUGUUUUUGUGUUAA